CUUCCAUCGAAAUCCGGAAUUGAAGUUGAAGCUGUCACCAAAAAUUACAUCACAAUCAAGUCAAUUAAUUUCCUUGCCAUUGAGUCACCCCGCCGAUAUACUCUUCGACUCUAAGUCAAGAUGUCUCAGACUCCUUUUCUACAAACAUAUCCGUCUUACAAGAGCCCCUACGGACCUAAGUACCAUUACCAACCGAAUAUUGCAGGAUGGACACCUAAGCAGCUCGCCCGCCUCGGAUUUAAGGCCGGCGCUUUUGGUGGUGUAGCCUUCUUCGCUGUUAUCUACUACGCCUCCGGCAUCCCCAGAGUAAAGAAGGAUAUCCUACAAAAAAUUCCCUACCUCGGUACCUACUACGUCAAUGAGAUCCCUGCGUCAGACAACCCCUUCUAAACUUGGAUCGUGCUGGUGGUUUCUACUAGACAGAUAGGGGAGCGCGAUGCUAGAAUAGAGCUCAUACUGCGAACUUCCGUACAAAAUGACAUCCAAAUAGAUCUCUCAUUGAGUCCUUAGACACCCCGUCCUUACCUUUUU